UAUGCCACCCUUUGAACAUCCUCCCUCACAACUCCACUUGAACCAAUUUUUUUUCUUUCAAAAAACACUUCUUUCUACCGACAACAAAAGGCUAAUUGAGAGAUAGUUGAAAGAUAGAAAUAUGGCCUUGGAAGUGGCUAUGGAGCUUGAGCUUGAUGAUGAUGUCUUCUUUGCAGAUAUAAGCAAGCAAAUCAAUCUUUUAAUCACAGAUGAAGAUGAACAAAACCCAAUCUCACUUUCCUCUUCUGUCUCUUUCCAGGGUUUGUUCAGAGAAAACUACCAAACAUCAGCAACACCAUAUAUGAUGUACCAUGAGCAGAAUUACAACCUAAGUAGAGAGAGCAAAGGGACAGGAGUGUUCAUCCCAAGAUGUUCCCAGCCAAGAAGGAAACAUAAUCAUCAUCCUCAUCAUAAGAAGCAAGGGAGAUUCGGUUCCCUCAUCCCCAAGCAACAGUUUCCUCAGCAUGUUUAUGACAAAAACAACUACACAACUAUCAACAACAACAACCAAGAAAGCAUCACCCUUCAUGCUUCUACUAACCCAAGAAGAACAUACAGAGAUGCAGCAUCUCUCUUCACUUAGUCUCAAUCAAGAUUCAAGACAUGGAUUUGUGUCAUUAAUUUUCAUAUUAUAUAUAAUUUAUUAUUGAUAUUUAUAGAUUUUAUGUUUGUAAAAUCAGCAAUAAAUAAGAAUGAAGGGAGAAUCAUCAAACUAAA